CACGACCAACAAAUGGCGCGAAGAUGUGUCUGCUGUGCUGAUAUUUCACCAGCAACUAGCGUGAAGUAAAUCAAGUUUCGGUGAAUGAUUCUGAUUUUUAGGGUUUCGAAAAGGGGAAAGAUUUCUGAACAUUGAAUCUUUAUUUCUUGAACACAAAUUAUGGAUUCUUCACCUCCAACAAAGAGAAGGCGCAAGACAAAGAGUGAAGGCACAAACGACAAAUCCUCGUCCUCGCCUGUGGUUGUCUUUGCUCAUGGCGCUGGUGCUCCGUCCUCUUCAGAUUGGAUGCUCAGAUGGAAGGAGAUGUUAAAGAAAGCUUUGGAUGCUGUUGAAGUUGUCACAUUUGACUAUCCCUAUAUUGCUGGUGGGAAAAAAAGGGCUCCUCCAAAAGCGGAGAAAUUGGUGGAGUUUCAUAAAGAUAUUGUGAAAAAGACUACUGAUAAGUACCCCGCUCAUCCUCUUAUCUUGGCUGGAAAAUCCAUGGGUUCAAGGUAUAAAUUUAUGGGAGUUUGGAAGUGUAGAUAUGCCAUAGUGAGCUGCAUGGUUGCUGCCGAGGUUGACAUAGAUGCUUCAGCAGUCAUUUGCUUGGGAUAUCCACUUAAGGCCAUGGGUGGAGCUGUGCGGGAUGAGACUCUAUUGCAACUUACUGUCCCUGUCAUGUUUGUACAGGGUAGCAAAGAUGGGCUUUGUCCCCUUGAAAAGCUGGAAGCUGUUUGCAAGAAGAUGAAAUCUCACAAUGAGUUGCAUGUGAUUAAUGGUGGUGACCACUCUUUUAAGAUUGGCAAAAAGCAUUUGCAAAUAAAGGGUUCAACCCAAGAUCAAGCUGAAGAUCUUGCUGUUCAGGGUAUUUCAUCAUUUGUCUCCAGGUGUCUUAAAGGAAAGUGACCCUUCUACUGUAUUGGGGUUUUUAGCUAAAUUCCAUUUUUUAUCAUCUUUUUUUACCGUCUUUUGCCUGCAUAUCAUCUUACCAGGAUGGUUGGAAUCAUGUCUGUAGUUUCUUACUUCCUGUCUUUUAUCAAGCUAACUACUAUAAGUGUUCUUUGAACAAUGCCAUGUUAACCUGGAAUUUCCUUUUGGUUUAGUGGUGAAUGCAGCACAUUCUUCAUCACUGAAGAAUGCAUGUGAUUACCUGCCUGUAUAUAAACGUGGUCAAAAUGGAGUUGAUGUUUUAGGGCCUUGAUUAUGGAAAUUCUAUAUGGUUCGGUAAGGAUCUAAAUUUCUGAUCUUGACAAA